GGGGCAAAUAAAGGAUUAACUCAAAAGAAAAUGGUCUUGCGGUCUUGCUCUCCUUCCUCGUGGUCGGCGGCCGGUGCAGCUGUAGCCACGCGCGCCUCGGCAAACCCUCCGCCUCCUCGCCCAUCCUCCCCUCCAUCCCGUCCCAGCCGCAGGGCCAUGGACUCUGCUGCCGGCGCAGGCCGCCACCGCGUUCGAAUCGCAGUCGUCGGCGACGUGCACAAUGAUUGGGCCCUUGAGGAAGAUUCAAAGGCGCUUCGAUUUCUUCAGCCGGAUUUAGUGCUUUUUACAGGCGAUUAUGGAAAUGAGAAUGUUGAACUUGUCAGAAGCAUUUCAGAUCUUCAGUUACCAAAGGCGGCAAUUCUUGGCAAUCAUGAUUGCUGGCACACACAUCAAUUCUCAGAGAAGAAGGUCGAUCGUGUUCGGCUUCAGCUCGCAAGCCUUGGUGAGCAGCAUGUUGGAUACAAAUGUUUGGACUUCCCAUCAAUUAAGCUGAGCGUUGUUGGUGGACGGCCAUUUUCUUGUGGGGGUGAUAGGCUACUUAGACCAAGGCUUCUCUCAAAAUGUUAUGGUGUCAAUGAUAUGGCUGGAAGUGCAAAGAAGAUAUACGAUGCUGCUGCAGGUGCACCAGAGGGACAUUCUGUUGUAUUGCUUGCACAUAAUGGACCAACAGGUCUAGGUUCAAGAAUGGAUGAUAUCUGUGGGCGGGAUUGGGUACCUGGUGGCGGUGACCAUGGCGAUCCAGAUCUUGAGCGAGCCAUCUCCGAUUUGCAAAGGGAAGCCAGAGUUUCCAUCCCGCUGGUCGUUUUUGGGCACAUGCACAAGAGCCUGGCCUACGGGAGAGGCUUGAGGAAGAUGAUCGCCUUUGGAGCCAACCACAUCAUAUAUCUGAACGGAGCAGUUGUGCCUAGAGUGAAAUUUGCCCAAACAACUCCUGGGCACGAGCAAAAUCAACCCGAAGGAUCGGGAUCCAGAGCUCCAACGUUGCGCGCGUUCACCAUUGCCGAUCUCUAUGAAGGGCGUGUGGAGAAGAUCUCUGAGGUCUGGGUACUGGUGAGUGGCGCCAGGACCGAGGUCGAGGAGGAAAUCGUCUUGUACAAGCAUCCUCGAGAGCAGCAUAUGUGAUGGUUAUGAGACCAUUAUCUUACCAAAAAAAGAUGUGGAGUUGUGAGACGAAAAUGUGACUGUUGUGAAUGCCGUAAAUGUGGGGGCGAUGCUGAAGUUGUGUGUUAUAAAGUGCCUUGUAUUCCAACUGAAAGGAGCACUUCAUUAUAGAGAGCCUGUUACGGCUUCUACCUCUGGCACUCUGUGACUGUUAUUAGUAAGUAAUAAUUGUAGCUGAUUGACGG